AUUUCCCACGAGCUAUUUCUAGGAGUGUGUCAUAAGGCUCAUGCCCGUGCUCUAAAAUCCGUGGGAGCAGCUAAUCUCCUUUGCCUGAGCAGAGGGAGGUGUGGUGUCAAAUAAUUUUCACUUGGACAGUCAGGUGAAGUGGGAAGCCUGGUCCUUAGAUGAAAAGUGAUAUUUCCAAUCCCGUGCUAAUGUGACGGGGGAGAGCUCGGGGUCCCAUUAACCAGGAGGUGGCGGUGACCUUUCCGUCCCAGCUCGGUGACCUGCCAGGUCUCCAGCCCCCGCUCUUCCCCUCGGGCUGCUCCGGAGAGACUCUCGGCGCCAGGGAGUGCGCACGAUUUCACUGUUCAUCCAUUUGCAGGGAGGGAAAAAUCCCCACACUGGCAGGGUGAUGCCAAACUCGGUGUGAGUGGGAAGAGCGGAGCAGCUGCUGGAAUGAGAUGCCAAAGCAGCUCCCCUUUCCCCUGCGCUUUUGGGUGCCUAUAAAUUGCUUCGGCGCCUUUGUCAGCCUCCUCUUCUCCUGGCAGGUGGCAGGCGGGCAGGCUCCAGCGCUCACUCUGUCGGCGGCUCCGCACCCAGCCAGCAGCCCCGCAGAGCGCCCGCGGGUGCGCGUUGCAGGAAGGAAGCAGGAACCGGCGAGGAGGGCACCGGGCCGCUGCCGCGAGGGGGGAUUUUUCCUGCGCUCUUGCAAGUUUCACCAGCCGGCGCUGCCUUGGGAGACUUGUUGUCGCUGCAGAAAAAAAGGAGGGGGGGGGCCGGAAAGUGGGGCGAUCGCGAGGGGCGCGAAGAGGCCGGCGCGAGGGAAAGUUGAUUCGAAGUGGCACCGUAUGCAGAAAAAAAAAAGUCGAUCGCCAGCAGGAGCAUAAAAGUGUGAGCGGUUCCGGCGCUGGGCUGCAGCUCCCUGAGCGCUAGAGCAGCGGCAGCCACAGGUGCCCGGGGCUCAGACUUUGCCUUGCGGAGCGGCCGCGGGCGCUUUCCUCGCCGCAGGAGCGGAGCCGGGAGGCUCGGGCUCGCCAGGGGCGUUGGGGUAUUUUCGGCUCUGAGGAGGUCCCCGCCAACCAGCAAGAUUUUGUCCAAAAGCAGGCAGGAGGAUCGCCCUGCGCUGAGCCGGCUGGUGGGCAGCAGGCGGCGGCUGAUCGCGGCCGGCGCUCUGGGGGUGGUCAUGGUGCUGCUGCUGGUCAUCCUUAUCCCGGUGCUGGUGAGCUCGGCCGGCACCUCGGCGCACUACGAGAUGCUGGGCACCUGCCGCAUGGUCUGCGACCCCUACGGCGGCACUAAGGCGCCCAGCACGGCGGCCACGCCCGACCGCGGCCUCAUGCAGUCCCUGCCCACCUUCAUCCAGGGGCCCAAGGGCGAGGCCGGCCGGCCGGGCAAGGCGGGGCCCCGCGGGCCACCCGGGGAGCCGGGGCCGCCCGGGCCGGUGGGGCCCCCGGGGGAGAAGGGCGAGCCCGGGCGCCAGGGCCUGCCGGGUCCCCCCGGGGCACCGGUGCUGAACGCGGCCGGGGCCAUCAGCGCCGCCACCUACAGCACCGUGCCCAAGAUCGCCUUCUACGCCGGCCUCAAGCGCCAGCACGAGGGCUACGAGGUGCUCAAGUUCGACGACGUGGUCACCAACCUGGGCAACCACUACGACCCCACCACGGGCAAGUUCACGUGCUCCAUCCCCGGCAUCUACUUCUUCACCUACCACGUGCUGAUGCGGGGCGGCGACGGCACCAGCAUGUGGGCAGAUCUCUGCAAGAACAACCAGGUUCGAGCUAGUGCAAUUGCUCAGGAUGCUGAUCAGAACUACGACUAUGCCAGUAACAGCGUGGUUCUUCAUUUGGAGCCAGGAGAUGAAGUUUACAUAAAAUUAGAUGGAGGAAAAGCACAUGGAGGAAACAACAACAAAUACAGCACAUUUUCUGGAUUUAUUAUUUAUGCUGACUGAUUAUGAGUCAAAAACAAAGCUUGUUCUUCUAAGAGAUGGAUUCAUGUGGCAAAAGUCAAUGAAUCAAGAAUCCAGCGGAUACUGACCGUGGGACACCUCAGUAGUGGGGGAAAAUCAAAUGCUACCUGACUCACAUCUGUAUGACACAAAAAACCCUUAUAUUAAAAUAUAUAUAUAUAUAUUUAAAGCAAGUUAAACAGAUGUGUGAUCCACUACCGCCAAAGCAAAUACUUCUUAUUGUUAAUUGUCGAUGUGAACGAAGUCCUAUAUAGAUCACAAAUUUUUAUUGGAAAAUCUAAAGACACUGAAUUAUUUCUUUAGUGUAUAUGAUACUUCGAUGUAUUAUGAUCUUGCUGCUUUAUCCAUACGUCACCUUUGGUUCUUGUGACUUACCCGCUAACUAUGAUGUUUGGAGUCCACUCAUAGUGAGGAAUGAGUUUACAAUAAAAGGAAGAGGUAACUGAAAUGCUUCUUCUCUCCAAAGGAAUUGUUUGCCUUGUACUUUUGUUAUCCUUCUAUCUAGAACUAGAAACUAGUAAGUUUCAAGCCUUAACUCUUAAUUUCCCUGCUUUGUGAGUAUAGGUCAGGCCUUUUAAAUGAUUUCCACCUGUUUGUUUAGUUUAAAUUUCCUUUCCCUCCCCUUAAUUGUAUUCUAAGAGAGACCGACAGAAGAAACAAUUCAAAGAAAAUGUAAGAGAUGAUAUAACAAACUGCCUAUAUUUGGACCAAAUCCUGGGUCCACUGAAGCUAAUUGCAAAACUCCGAUUUGGCCUUUAAUAUGUAACAAAUUAGCUCUUAAUUUGUAACAUGUGUAAUACAUAUAUUUAGACAACUUAACAAACCAUUCUUGAUGGUUUGUUGUGUAAAUACGCUCCCAGGCCAAGCCAGGCCAGAAUAAUUUUUUUGCUGCAAUUAGUCUUCAGUGUAAAUCUGUAGUUACUACUUUUGUUUAACAAAAGAUUAUUUAUGACUUGACAUACUACAAAGAGUCAGCUGGAGUCAUUACAUAGAACAUUGUGAGAAAACCACUGGCCAAAAUCCUGCUCUGCUUAUUUAUGCAACCAAUCUUGCUGAAGUCAGUGUGGAUACUUGCAUGAGAUUGGGAUUUGGGCCCCAUGUAAUGAUGCCAUCACACAGUACCUGUUACAAGGUAUUGCAUUCAUUUGUAGUAUGGUGUGACUGAAAUUAACAGAUAAGCAUAUUACCAAAUAUGAAAACCAGUUAUGCAAAGAGAGAAACAGAUUUUCAAAUGCAAAAAACUGUGUAUUAAAACCUAUUUUUCUUAUAUAUAUCUAUAUCUAUAUAUAUCUCUCUCUCUAUAUCUCAAAAAGUCUUACUCAGUAUAACAGACUAAUGGCCUGAAGAAUUACAUUGUAAAAACAUGCUUUUCAGUUAUAGUUCUACAAAAGUCUUUUACAAUCAGUAAUAGCUGCAAUAACAGUAAUUACCUCUAUAAAAAGGAAUUUUAUUUUAGAAAUUAUGUUUGUUUUUUUAACUGCUCCCAUGUCGAUACUUGCAAGUUUAAGUCUGAAGCAAAAUUAUAGCAGAAAUACACAACAGAACCUUUACAGCAGGGUCAAAAUAAUUACAGAGCUUCCUGUUUUAAUGCUGAUGCAGUAUAGAUCUUAGGUUACAUUCAUGGCAGAAUAAAAAUACUAUUUGUAUAAAUUGCUAUGAAGUAGUGAGAGGCCAGACCUAGUUUUUCUGUUUUACAUAAUCUGCCACAUGCAACCUUCUCUAAUCUACCAAGGGAAGGGGACAAACUGAGAUUUGUCAUAUACUAAAGUGUCAAAUAUCUGCCAUAAUUAAAGAAAAAUAUUUUCCCCUUUGAUUUUUUGAUAACUUUAAGAUAGAGAUUUUAAAGAUAUAAAAAUUCCCCUAAAAAGCAUUUAUUUACUUGAUUAAAGCAUUUCUUACACAGACCAUAUCAUUCAUCUGGUCUGUUCCUCCUUUGGACAGCUGUUCAAUUAAAAAGACAUGAUGUGCCAUCAGUCUAUGCUCAAUAAGAGAAUCUCAUAUGUAACAUAUCUUGGUUCUCAAGAGGAAGAGUUGUGCUUCAUAACUGCCUUUUUUUUUCUGUUUCCUCAUUAUAUCACAUCAGUUUGGUUAAACAUUACUACACUCCUUGUAAAAAAGACAACAACCCAUAUUCAUGGGGUGUACUGAUUAUAUGCAAUAUAUUUUAUAAUGGACACAUAGUUGACUUCAAAUCUACUCAUAUCACAAUUGCUUUUAUUGCAGAGGACCACCGCUACAGAGUGGUUGGCAGCCAAGCCUUGGAGAUUUCUCAUGCAGAUAUCAAAUAACAAGGUUUCAAGCAAAAAAUAAUUUAUAACUAGCAAUGCACAUUCACCAAGAAGUGACCAGGAAUACUUCAUUACCACAAGACAUCAAAAGCUGGACACGUGAAGAAUAAGCUGUUGAAAUGAGAUUGCCAUUGCUAACACACAAUCUUUUCUUUGGAUAAAUAAAUAUUUACCCCUGUUUUGGUCUAGAGGAAAGAACAAAUAUUUAAAUGAAAACAUAUAUAAGGCAAACAUUUCUUUUUGAAUCAUACUUGACAAACUGAUUUGUAACUGAUUAAAUGAUGGCUUUUGUUAUAAUUGUAACAACUCAUUAAAUUGUAUUAUGUAAUAUAUUUGGACUUGUGGAUUUUCAUCUUUUCAACAUCAAGCUGAUUUGCAAGACAUUUCAUAUUUUCACUUGCAAGUUUCCAAAAGUUCAAAUCAAAAUUUAACAUAAUUAAAAAAAAAAGACUUCUAAAACAAAGUUGGUAGUGGUCCACAAAUUGCUUUAUUAAAAAUAUAUUUUCCAUGUAUUCUUUUACAUUUUCAUUAAAAAUAAUCUCUAAAGAUUGUUAAUCAUGAGAGAUACAAUACCUUUUUUGAAAUCACGUUGUCUUCCUUCUGUUAUUCUGUUUUCUGCAGUAGCUAUUUAAAAUGCCAUAUUCUUUUUUCAAGCAGUAAUUAAAGAACAGCAGGAUAAUUAACAGGAUCAUCAAUAUUACAAGGAAUGUCAAAUUGCUCCAGAGGGGGGCCAUUUAACUGGAAACAUUUUAAAUUUCUUCAAGUAGUUAAGCUAAUGCAUCUUUAAAAAAAUUAUAAUCCUGAAUGAUAACUAACCGUAGUAUUAAAUCUGCUCUUUGGAAGCAGAUAUUUCAAUAUUUACUUGGAAAGAUUCUGUAGUUGUGCUCAAAACAAAUAACUCAUUCAGGACCAGAUUAUUAGAGGUAAUCAGAUGGAGAGAUAAUACACAACAUUUUUUGUUCUAAU